GAUAGUAAAAUUUAUAAGUUGAUUGAUUAAACUCAAAAUAUUAUUAUGGAGGGGCCAUUUCAGAACUGCGCAUAAUACAGGGGGUCUCCUUAUAUGCAAUUUUAUUUUUACCUACCUAGGAGAAAAAAAGAAAAAAAGUAAUAACAAAAUAACUUUUCCAAGCUCCUACUAUAUAUAUAUAUAAGUAGUAGUGUAGAACUCACAGUCACGGUUCCAAUUAAGCAAAUUGCGUUUAAUUAAUUCCAUUCCAUUCCAUUCCAUGGGGUUUCUCCCCUGCUCCAGCUACGUGAUGAUGCUCCCGAAGCCCCUGGUGUUGUUCCUCCUCCUCCUCGACUGCUUCAGCUUCUCAUUCUCGUACCUCCUCCACGUCCUCGGCCUCAAGCCCUACCCCCAUGCAACGCUCCUCCCUCCCUGGGACGACUACGCCCUCUACCUCCAAGCAACAUCGCCGACCACCACCGCCGCCGACCUGCCGCUGCCGCUGCUGCUGCCGCUGCCGCAUCCUCCUUCCCCCGCGACCACCGCUUCUCCUUCCGCCGCCGUUACGGAGACCCUCCGCGUCGUGCACUACUUCGAAAUCUUCUCAAAGAAGCAGCAGCAGCAGCUCAAACAGCUCACCGCUGCGGCGGCGGAGGAGGAGGAGGAGGAGGAGGAAAAUGCCGUUUGCGUGGUUUGCUUGGAGGAGUUUGCGGGGGAGCACAGGGUGAGGGAGCUGGGGAACUGCGACCACGCGUUCCACGCGGCGUGCAUCGAUCGGUGGGCCGAGACGGGCCGCGCCACGUGCCCGCUGUGCCGCUCCCCGCUGCAGCCGACGUCGCCGCAGCGCAGGAGCCCGGAGACGCCUGGUGGGGUGUGGUUUCCACGAUAACAGGCGCGCCUCUUGCUAGGUUCUUCCUAGUAGUUUAGUUCGCAGAAUUUUUUUUUUUUUUUUCCAUUUGCACAAGGCAAUUUUGCCGUCCAUUCGCUUCGAAAUGUAUUAAGACGCACCAAUGAUGUGUCUCUGUAUCUUUUAUUUUUUAAAAAAAAUUUAUAAGCGCUGAAUUAUAGCAA